AUGGAUCAUCAUCAACAACAACAACAAGAACAACAACAACAAACAGUUGUUGACAAAAAAGAAGAAGAACAACAGCAACAGCAACAUAAUAUGAACAAUAUAAAUUCCAACUUGGCCACAUUAAACCUGCGAAAGUCAUCCAAUUGGUCUAAUAUCAAUAGGGACACAUCAAUACCAUAUUCACCUAGCUUUAGUGAAUCACCUCUAUCUCCUCCUCCAAUAUCUGCCGCUGAACAAUUAAGACAACAGAAGCAACAACAACCUACACCAACUCCACAACAACAAAAUACAACAACAUCAUCAUCAUCAAGACAAAAGAAUGCAUACGAUCUAUAUAGACUGUCGAACAGACAAACAUCAUACACAUCGUAUGCAUCAGUGAUGGCCGAUUCAGUUCAUUCAACUCCUUCAUCAUAUCUGUACAUGGGCACUUCUUCGACAUCAAAGACUUCACCUGGUGAAUCGGGUAGUUACCUAAUCGAAGAGGGCAAUCACACAUCAUCCUCCUACCUUGCGUAUGCGACCAACAACACAGAACCCGUCGAUUAUAACGUAGUAUUGGAUGAACACAACACACCAAAGGUCAGCAUCUUCAAAGAGAAUGACAUGUGUCAUCGCAAGGAGGAUGGUCAGGCAUACACCUGGAACGAGAAGUAUCAAUAUCUCAUGGACCUGGAAGAGAGUCAAGAUAAGUUCCACUUCCUAUCAGUUGUUGCGAAUGACUUUGUAUAUUGUGCCAAUACAUUUGGCAAGAUCAUUAUCUCAGAGAGGAACCUACCUAAUGAACAAAAGACAAUACUGCCUCUCAAGUUGGGUGGCAUCGCAGGUGGCUACAAAUACAAGUGCCACGACAUUAUCUUUAAGUUUGUGGUGGAUGUGGAGAUUGCACCUGGACUCUGGAUGUAUGGUGACACUAGUAGGUCCGACGAGAAGGCACAAAAGUCAGCUGGUCACGAACUGAAAGGUCUCAAUCACUUUAUGGAGUACUCGAACGGUCUGAUCCGAUUCCCAUUGAUGGCCGUCAUUGACUAUCGAGGUUACCGUCUACUGGCCAUCUCCAAUCUUCCAAUCACCAAGAACACUAUUGUAUAUGGCUCAAACGAUGGUGGCAAGACAGUUCACAACUCUGACCCUCUGGUCGAGCAGGAGAUGAAGCGAAUGGCCGAGCUGAUGUGUAUCAAAGGUCACUACGUUGGUCUCAACCAUCCAACACUCAUUUAUGGUCCAGGCGAUAUAGAAGUUCACAAGGGAACUGAUGGUAGAUACUAUAUGAUCGACUUUGCAAGAGCAUUCCCUCCAGAGUAUCCAAGUGAGAUUCAUGGCAAGGUUGGCAGGCAGAUAUUCUACUCGAUGCUUCGACCAGAGUUGCUGAGAUACUCUCCAAAGCCAGUGAGUCCAGAUGCAUUCUCUGGAUGGCAGACUGGAUCCGAUGAGGAGGAGAGUAAUCAAGAGGUCAUCAAUCUUACACUUCAAUACCAUCGUGAAAUAAUCCCUGCAUGUGUAGAGUACCUUCAAAACUCUUUGGAAACAUUAUCAUCAGUGGACACAGCAUCUGAUUUCUUUGACAAUCGAUACUCACGAGAGUUUGGUCGAUUCUUGGGUGCAGACACGAGCACUGGAAAGAGGGACAAGUUGGAGGUCAUGAGAUUGACAACAAUAUUGCAUGGUCAUGGUGUCAAUCUGCGAUACAUUGGUGUUCUCUACCAGAAGCUGACCAACCGAUACAUCAAGACACUACUCUUCACAGAGCUGGUGGCACGUGUCUGGAAGAGACUGAUUCGAGCCAAGCUCAGAGAGAAGAUGGACACCCUCAAGCGUCCAUCCGACGAGUCUACACAGCUGAUGGCGGAAGUCUUUGACAUCCUACUCAAUCAUCUCAAGUAUCAAGAUUACAACGAAUUCUGGAGAUCACCUGCACCUGGUAACUUUAAGUUUGCCGCGAUGAGAUCAUUCCCCAACUGUCUCUCGAGGAAGGAGAUGGCCUCAGACUUUGAUGUUAGGAACUUGUUUGAUACAAAGUUAUUGGUGGAUCGUUUGAUGACAAUGCUAAACAUCAAGAUCAACGCAGAGGCAUACAAGCAAUUUGGAACGAAUCCAAAGUAUGUCAUAUCUAUUCAUGAUAUGGUCGAGGUGGAGUCCAGUGUAAAGUAUCCAACUGUCGUGGACUUUGCUUCGGGAUCCGAGUUGGUAUUGGAGGUCAAGAACAUCUUGCUACGACCAGUGGUGCCGCCAAUGGAGUUGAUUCGUUGGAUCGACAUGAGUCAGGAGAAGCUGAUCCAGGCGCACAUGUCGAUGCCCAUAUCUGCCAAGGUCACACUUCGCAAGGUGGCCUCAUUGAUACUCAAGUCCAACCUGUCGACACAUAUCACAGAGUCAUAUGUCAUGCUCAAGCGUGGCAUUACCAUGAUGAGGAUGCUCCAUUCCAACCAGAACUACGACCUCACUCUGAUGGCCAUGUGGGGCAUGAUGCACUGCAAGCUGGCUACCUUUUACCUGUUCACCAACUUUGACGUCGUCAACUUUGAGGAGAAUAUCAAGCUGGGCAAGGAGAAGCUGGAGGAGGUGCACAGGUCCGUCGAUCUCAGAAAUAUUGCCACACCAUUCCUCAAGAUCACUCUGCCCAACUCGCUCAACAACAAGGACAUCUAUGGCGAGACAAACAAGAAGCUGCGUGUGUACGACUUGAUCAGCUUCAUGUAUCUCGCAUCCCUCCUCGACGACGGCAGUCCUCUGGACCAGUUCUUCAGAUUCACAUUCUCCAGCAUCAAGGAGAUUAGCCAUAUGCAUCUACCAGACAAGAUACUCAGGUAUCUUGGCGAUUCGUUCAUGUGUCGCUACUUUAACUAUCUGAGGGAGGUGACCCGCUUGGAUAUCACCAACAAGGUCAUCACACCACGUAUCGCUCAAGAAGCAUCCAAACUCUCCAUGCUCACGUCUAUUGUCCUCAACGACUUUGACGUCAGGGACGGACCGGUGGCAACUUCGCAUCUCUACAACAUCAACAGUCUGGACCACUUGCUGGCCGCUUGGUUCAGCAAUUCCAAGCAUCUGACGUCCGUUCACCUCAGUGGCACAUGGAUCAACGAUGCCACAUUCAGCGAGCUCAUACCGCACCUGUCACAAAUCGAGAACUUCACACUCAUCAACUCGGCCAUCUCUGACCUGACACUGGAGGCAAUGAGCAAGGUGAUGAAGAGUGUCGACAUGCUCAUACUUCGUUCACUGCCCUAUGUACAGGACAAGGGUGUUUGUGCAAUUAUCGAGGCCAACACACUUACACACUUGGCACUCUCAUUGGACAACAUGACAGAUGUCACUGGAGAGCUGAUCGCUCAGCAAUGUAAAUACCUGGUUAAGCUUGACCUGUCCGGUUGCACCAAGUUGACGGCCAAGUGUAUCUCCAACAUCAUCAGCGCCACGGUUGAAUGCCUCAUCAGUCUCAAUCUCAACAAUACCAGUGCAGACAUCAGUAUCAUCGAUGCUCUUAGACCGAGCAUGCUGCUAACCUCACUUAGCCUAGGUGAGACCAAGUUUGGUGACGAACAUGGACUGCAGAUGCUUGGUCAGCUGAAGCUUUCGCUAACGGAGCUACAGCUGCCCGAGUUUUCCGGCGACACAACCAUGGUCUGGAGCCUGAUAAGGAAGCAUGUCUUCCUUGAGAGGCUCCAUCUACCUCCCAAAACCCAUCUGCCAUCAUUCAUCAGUGCCUACAAGAAGAUAUACGACCAACCCAAUCAGGCCUUUGUUGUUCCAAUGCGAUUCGUAACAUCGUUUGACAUGACUCUGUCAAGAGUCACACUGUCUUCGCUCACAUCCCUGCUCGAUAUGUUGCCAAUGCUCGAGUCACUCUCACUUGACAGCAUCCAGUUCCUUGACGAUAUUACAGGUGAGCCGGUAAUGAUGAACGACGAGACGUUUAUCAAGCUACACCCAUACUUGGUCAUCUUGAAGGAGGUCAACCUCUCGUCACUGCCUAUCCAUCGAUGUCGAAUCACAGCCGUCAUGACCAAGGCCAAGAUGAUGCGACGCUUCAUCAUGAAGAACUGCACAGAGGUCACGCCUCAAGUGUUCAGUCAGAUCAUGGCCGAGUAUCCACACACCAACUUUGUUGACGACAACAAUCCAUCCAUUCAAUCACCUAUCAGUUACAAGUAUGCUGAUCAAUGUGAGGUAGUUAGGAUCUAA